UAACAGAUUCGGAGUCUGAGGUGGGAGGUUUCACAUGAGAGACUCGAGGACAUGGGUACAAUGCAUUGAUAUUUUCCACGUUGUGCGCGAAAAACACACGAUCCCUCCCCGGUAUUACGCAGUCUAUUUAAAAGCACCAUCCACACACCCCUUCCAUUUCUCUCCACUUUGGUCGUCUUACCUGCACUCGUGGUGUUCAGGAGAGGAAUCCAGUGAUGGAUCAGGAAAAGUACCUGCCAGAGCUCAUUGCCGAGAAGGACAGCUUGGACCCGUCGUUCGUGCACGCGAUGCGCCUUCUCGCUGAAGAGAUUGAAAAGUUUGAAGGAGACGAGUUGAGAAAAGAUGGCGAGGUGAAGAAAUACUUGGAUAUCAUCAGCAACAAAAACAUCAAACUGUCAGAGCGUGUGCUGAUCCCGGUGCAGCAGUAUCCUAAGGUAAGGCCUCAGUGCUCCAUACAACCUACAAAGUGGUGAUGACAUGCCGGCCAAAUCAACAUUAUAGUCAUGUGGAGAUCAGAGAAAAUCAAAAGCAAUUCAUCAGUUUUAUGGGAUUGCUGCGCGCGUGGCAAUGACUUAAUAUGUUUUGUAUCUGGCAGGAGCAAACUAGAUGGAGUCAGACUCUGAUUUGUGCUGCACUGCAGAUCUGCUGUUAUUUACACCUUAUAUUUCUGUCCUUGCUGAAAAGAUUCUUGCCUCUCUUAGGGUAGCAGGCACGCCACAUCUGUUUCUACCUGUUUUAACAUUAUUCUGACUCAUUUUGGAAUCAGGAAAUUAAUAUCUUACAUUUGUCCAUCCUCUUUUUUUUGCGUUUUACCAGCUGGCCUCUCAUGGAUCUGUCUCAGCACCAAUAGAGGCAUAAAACCAUUUUAUUUAGCAACACGUAUCAUUUUAUUGUCUGUUGGUUGAUUAAUCUUUC